CGAAUGCAGGCGCCUAGCGAGCUGGGAGCGAUUUAAAACGCUUUGGAUUCCCCCGGCCUGGGUGGGGAGAGCGAGCUGGGUGCCCCCUAUAUUUCCCACCCGCAGCGCCCCAUGAGCCGUCUCUCGGCCCCAUGGAGCUCGGCAAUUAUGCCACCUUGGACGGGGCCAAGGAUAUGGAAGGCUUGCUGGGGGCGGGAGGCGGUCGGAAUCUAGUCGCCCACUCCCCGCUGACCAGCCACCCCGCGACGCCUACGCUGAUGCCCGCUGUCAACUAUGCCCCCCUGGAUCUGCCAGGCUCUGCGGAACCCCCAAAGCAGUGCCAUCCGUGCCCCGGGGUUCCCCAGGGGGCGUCUCCAGCUCCUGUGCCUUAUGGCUACUUUGGAGGCGGGUACUACUCCUGCCGAGUGUCCCGGAGCUCGCUGAAACCCUGUGCCCAGGCGGCCACACUGGCUGCAUACCCUGCGGAGACUGCUGCGGCCGCCGGGGAGGAGUAUCCUGGCCGCCCCACUGAGUUUGCCUUCUAUCCGGGGUACCCGGGAACAUACCAGCCUAUGGCCAGUUACCUGGAUGUGUCAGUGGUGCAGACCCUGGGCGCUCCCGGGGAGCCUCGCCAUGACUCCCUGCUGCCCGUGGACAGUUACCAGUCCUGGGCCCUCGCCGGUGGCUGGAACAGCCAGAUGUGUUGCCAGGGAGAACAGAAUCCACCGGGUCCCUUCUGGAAGGCAGCAUUUGCAGACUCCAGCGCUCAGCACCCUUCAGAGGGCUGCGCCUUCCGUCGCGGCCGCAAGAAGCGCAUUCCCUACAGCAAGGGGCAAUUGCGCGAGCUGGAGCGAGAGUACUCGGCUAACAAGUUCAUCACGAAGGACAAGAGGCGCAAGAUCUCAGCGGCCACCAGCCUUUCUGAGCGCCAGAUUACCAUCUGGUUUCAGAACCGCCGGGUCAAGGAGAAGAAGGUUCUUGCCAAAGUCAAGACCAGCGCUACCCCUUGAAGGAUCUCCCUGGCUGGGAGUGGGAGGAAGUGGUGGUGUCCUGGGGGACCAGGAACCUGGGGCCAAGGACUCUGAUGAGGGGCCCCCAGAAAUGACACCCUUCCCGGGCCACUGGCUCCUGGAUUGUUAGCUCAGGGGUGGCCUGGGUACCCCACAUGUGCCCAGAGAGCAAGGCCUGGUGUUACAGCCCACUCUGCCAGUGUUCCCAAAGAACUUGUCCCAUUCAUAAUCAUUCAUCCUGACAGUGGCAAUAAUCACAAUAACCAGUAGUAGUUGCCAUGAUAAUUAGCCUCAUAUUUUCUAUCUAGAGCUCUAUAGAGCACUUUAGAAAACGCUUUCAUGAAUUCAGCUGAUUUUGAAUAAACUUGGAAGGAGAUCUCUUGGCAAGG